UCUUUCUUGAGACCCCGGAUGGAGCGGCCAUUGGUGGGGAAGUGAUCUGGGCUGCACGAUAACUGAGGGAGGCUUCUUGCAGGACUGAAACAGCCGGAGGAACUAAACUGAAAAAGAACUGUGGAGCUCGGGCAUAAAACAUCCAGACAGCCCUUAGGCCGGACUAAAAGUGAGCCCGAGUGGACUGGUUCAGGGCGCAACUUGGGGAUCGCGAUCUUGGAAAACGUUGUGGGUUUUUUUUUUUUAACAGCAAAGGAGGAAAAAAAAAGCAAACAUUGAUCAAGGCUCCACUCCAAUCCAGGGGCUUGCUUAAUGAAUUAUGUCUGCCACAAGCAUUGACCCUCAGAGACCAAAAGGACAAGAAACUAAAGUGCAAAAUGGUUCGCUUCAUCAAAAGGACACUGUUCAUGACAAUGAUUUUGAACCUUACCUCACUGGUCAGUCUAACCAGAGCAGCAGUUAUCCGUCCAUGACCGAUCCAUACUUGUCCAGCUAUUAUGCCCCCUCCAUUGGUUUUCCCUAUCCUCUAAGUGAAGCGCCCUGGUCUACAGGUGGAGACCCUCCGAUUCCUUACUUGACUACCUAUGGACAGCUGAGCAAUGGAGACCACCAUUUCAUGCACGAUACGGUUUUCGGCCAACCCGGAGGACUUGGAAGUAAUAUUUACCAGCACAGGUUUAACUUUUUUCCUGAAAACCCAGCUUUUUCAACCUGGGGAACCAGUGGCUCUCAGGGACAGCAGACUCAGAGUUCAGCCUAUGGUGGCAGUUACAGCUACCCUCCCAGCUCCCUGGGGGGGACUUUGGUGGAUGGACAGACAGGCUUUCACAACGACACUUUAAACAAAGCUCCGGGCAUGAACAGUAUCGAGCAAGGCAUGGUGGGACUCAAGAUUGGGGGUGACGUGACGGGAUCUGCUGUCAAAACGGUGGGAUCUGUCAUCAGCAGCACGGGGAUUAGCAGUGCGAUAACGGGGAACGGUAGCACGGCGAUUGGCAUGCCCCUUCCUAAGCCCACAUCCUGGGCAGCUAUUGCCAGCAAACCGGCCAAGCCACAACCAAAAAAGGCCAAGCCUGGGGUGCCAAUUGUAGGCGGAGCCUUGCCCCCGCCGCCCAUCAAACACAACAUGGACAUCGGCACUUGGGAUAACAAAGGCCCUGUGACAAAAGUUCCCCCGCCUCAGCAGCAACAGCAGCAGCAGGUCCUGUCUCCUCAAUCAGCUGCCCAGCAGAUGGCACAACAAAUGCAACCCAUUGCUAUGCAGCCUCAGCACCAGGCACCCCUGCAACAAUACCAGAAUCUGCAGCCCCAAAACCGCUGGGUGGCUCCCCGGAACAGGAACCCAGGCUAUGGCGCCCAGGGUAGCAGCACCGACAGUACCUCCUCUAGCAGUGCCUCCUUGAGCAACUCGGGCCUUGGGGCAGAAUCUCACCCGGUGCUGGAGAAGCUGCGCGCGGCCCACAGCUACAACCCCAAGGACUUUGACUGGAACGUCAAAAACGCGCGGGUGUUCAUCAUUAAGAGCUACUCGGAGGACGACAUCCACCGUUCCAUCAAGUACUCUAUCUGGUGCAGCACGGAGCACGGCAACAAGCGCCUGGACAGCGCCUUCCGUGCCAUGAACGGCAAGGGCCCCGUCUACCUGCUGUUCAGCGUCAACGGCAGCGGACACUUCUGCGGCGUGGCCGAGAUGCGUUCCCCCGUGGACUAUGGGACGAGCGCCGGCGUCUGGUCUCAGGACAAAUGGAAAGGCAAGUUCGACGUCAAGUGGCUCUUUGUCAAAGACGUUCCCAACAGCCAGCUCAGGCACAUCCGCCUGGAAAACAACGACAACAAGCCCGUGACUAACUCUCGAGACACGCAGGAGGUGCCCCUGGAGAAGGCCAAGCAAGUGCUUAAAAUUAUUGCAACUUACAAGCAUACCACCUCAAUCUUUGAUGACUUUUCACAUUAUGAAAAGCGACAGGAAGAGGAGGAGGUUGUUCGCAAGAACUUUGAGCCCCCUCUGAUCCAGAACCGAUCCAGACUGGAUCAGGAACGCCAAAAUCGAAGUAAACAGUAGAAGAAUAUAUUCAUGGCUUGAUCAACGGUUUUACCAAGACUGAUAUUUGAUUUAACAGGCAAAAAUAGCCCACCUUUUCUAUUUAAUUCUGGUGAUGUCAGGCUGCCAGCCAGCAUCGAGACUUAAGCUUUCUGCUCCAAUGUUACCUUCUUGUGCAGGGAAAAUAAGCUGUUUUAUGUAUUACUAGCUACAGCCUUUGUUUUCUACCUUUCUUUAGUCAGACUGGUGACCAUUUUCUUUUACCCUCUUUUAAUAAUAUUAAUUGGGGGUGAGCAUCAGCAAUUAAACCAGUCAGUUCCUGUCUUGUAUGAUCAAAACCCAAAGUGUAGUAUUCUUUCAUGUUCACCAAGAGCAGUGUUGUCAGAGCUGAUUGCCAGAUGUGCCCAUGCCUAACUGAGCAGAGGUUUUUGAUUUUGUUAUUGCAAGAACAGAACAGGAGGGAGCAGAUUAAAUGCACAUUUACUUUUCAGUAGUUUAUAUUCAUAUGUAAUACAAGUCUGUGUAUGUAUGUCUUGACUUGUUACUGUGGUAACAAUUUAAAUCGGUUCUAAAAAUAUAAAUGCUCUUUUUAUCUUGUGAGCCUUAAAAUUACUGUUUACUGACAGUGAUGUCAGAUGCUUAAAACAAAACAGAGUAAUCUACUGUCGAUAACCAUACCACUAUAUCGGGGGGGGAAAAGGACUCAUUCAAGAAUCUCAGGGGCAGCACUUCUGGAUCUCUGUUCUUGGGGUGAAAGACUACCACAUUUUGUAAAGUUUCUUAGAAUCCGAGAUCCAGUGAUGAUAGUUUCCUGCUUUUUUUAUAAAUGUUGUAGCACAUAUUGCUCCAUCUGAAGCUCUGUUGUCCAUGACCUUAAUCCAGUCUGAAAAUGUAGCAUUUACAGCUUUUUAAAAAGACGUUGCUAUUUUUUUUAAUUAGAAUGUGAUGAUGGAAUUGCAACAUUUACAUGUGAAAUCAUGUUUUUUUUUUUAAAUCACAUAUACUGUCAUUUCUAGUUAUCUAGUUCUUUUGCUUUUAAGCUUUUUAAACUCAGUUAAAUGAACUUUUCAUUUGUCCUCAGAAAUGCUAAGCUUUAAUGUAGGAGCACAUAGUGAUGGAUAAAGCCUCAAGUGUGUAACCUGAAAUUAUUGUUACUGAUUUACUGUCAACACUGAUGGUGAAAAAAGAAAAAUAUGGUUUCUGUGUGUGAUUUCUUGAGAAAACGUUUUUUGUUGUUGAAUGAGGGGAAACGAUUUAUAAAAAAGUGGUGGCUGCUGACUGGAUUUCUACAGUUAAAGAAAAGUGUCUGCCCUCCUGCAUGAAUUAUGCAAAAUGAUUGAAAAGGUCAAGAUUACUUUCUAAUAUUUAAGGAAAACCAAUAGUAACAUUAUAUACAGUGUGCAUAAUAUUGUAAAACAACUGCAGUGUAAAAUGCAUUGGGCACAGGAAAAAUCUAUUCACAGGCUUUUAAUGGUAAUUAAAUGAAUAUUAUUGCCUUUAAACAGUGUGUUUUAGUAGCUUUGGAAUUGCCUACAAGACAAAAAUCAUCCUUAUUUUAAGGGCAAACAACUCAUUGGGAGAAACCAUUGCAUUUCGGGGGGGACAAGGGUCAGGUGAUUGCAUGAGCCAUUUUAGUGUUCUGAUCUGUGUAAAUUAAUUCAUUGCUGUACAAUAAACUGAAGUUGCCAUUGAUUAGCAUGCAACUGUCAGUGCAAUGUUAGCAAUAUGGUAUUUGUACUGCAUUUGUUUGAUCAAGUAAAGGUUUUCCAAUGCCUGAUCAGCUACAGUUCACACUAUUCUUACCCUUACAGAGGUUAUGAUGACCUUUUCAGGAUAAUACCUCUCCUUUCAUCUUUAUAAGAAUUUUGGUCUCAAGUUUUUCCUCAGUGAUUCACUGUGAGUUUGCCAAGAAAUCAUCAAGCUUCUCCAUGUAGAUUCUGACCUGUUCUGUGUUUUGUGCGUUUUUUAGAUGAAGUUUGCCUUUUGGAUUAAGUCCACAGGUGCCCUGCUUGUUGAGGUAUCGUUGUACUGUUUUCUCGGGCUUGCAGUCCAUAUUCUCCAAAGUUAUUGUUGAUUCUCUCGGCCAUUAGUCUUAGUUGAUCUCCACCAUGCGUGUCCAGGAUCUUGACUACAUGCUUGUUUUUAAGUCUUGUUAACAGAUGCUGGAGAAAUUCUAUAAAUACCAACUGUUUGGUGUUUGGCAGCUGCUGCCUUUGUGUGCUUUUGGCCUUCGUGAUCAAACUUUACCCCUUGAUUUCUAAACUUUGUGGUACCAUCCUUUUUAGUCUUGGCCAUUUUGAGAAUAAUUAUGCUAGUCACAAUCUUUAUAGUUUGGCAGUGGCUUUGCUGGACAGUUUGAGACUUAUUGGGAUCAUCAGAGGUGUGCUUCAAUUAAAGUUAAACAUUAAACCUGUCUGUUGAGGAUAAAUCAUGAAUGAAUGGUUUCAUCGAUGCAUGUUAUCAUUUUUGUGAUGUAAGCUUACCAAACCUUGGGUUGGUAUAGUUUUUAUUUCCAUUUAAUAUAAGCAUGUGAUUCUGAAAUUGAUUGCACUGGAUACUCGUUAUUUUGCAUACUUAAUGCAGGAAGGUGCUUAACUUUUGUCUGACUGUAAAAGCAUGAAACAGUGCUGAUGCCUGUUGCUUUAGUACUCAGAAUAACAUGCACGUGUUUGUUAGGAGAUAUUUGCUAUGUUAGGAAGCCGCUAAUUACGUUUUUUAAAACUAUUUACAGGAAAGGACCUCAAUUACAAGAAUAAAAUAUGAACUGUCAUUUAGACUUGUAUUUAGAUCAUUUUAGUUAAUGUCUGAAUCUUGCCUGUAAGAUAAAAACCAAACAAUAUUGGAUUAUUUUGUUUUUCCUCUUUCCUUUAGGAGAAUACAAGCCUUAAUAAACAACAUCUAUUUAGCAAGAA